AUGGCUAAACUACGUCGAGAUUGGAAUGGUAGAUUUAAUUGGGCGGUUAAGAAGUUACAUAAGCGGUUGCUACAGCUUGGGGCACAGGAGUUCUAUAUUAGAGGGGAAGGGGAUGUGCAGCAUGAAGAAGGGAUAGACGGCACUUUAAUCCCCUGGGUUUCAGGGUUAACUUCAAAGCUACUAGAACUAUUCCCUCUACCAGACGGAAUAUCACCAAUCCCGGAUCACCAACUAUUACCUCCCAAAUUCCGGGUAUCGAUUGAUACUUCAAAACCAAUCUACUCAGACGAAUCCUAUUCAGAGAACUUAACACUCCCCCGCGGACCCAACUCUUUCAAACUUACAGUAUCAAAGAACGAUCGUUUAACCCCAAAUACUCACUUCCAAGAUACCCGUCUACUAUCGUUCACCUCCUCAACCCCACUAUCCCACUCACCAGGUGACGCAAUAAGUAUCCUCGCCACAAACCCCCCAGAAGUCGUCUCCGAAGCUCUCGAAAUCCUAAAUUUCAACAUCUCGCCCGACCAACCUCUGAUCAUAACCCCUUCUUCCUCAACAUUUAUAACACCAUUAACCCUUCGCACUCUACUAACCCACCACCUCGAUAUCACCGCUAUCCCCCGUCGCAGUUUUUUCACUUUUUGCGCGGCUUUCACGGAUGAUGAAACGCAUAAGGAGCGACUUAUCGACUUUACGAACCCACUGUAUGCCGAAGAAUUAUUCGAUUACACCACCAGACCGAGAAGGAGUAUCCUAGAAGUCCUCCAAGAAUUCGGAAGUGUCAAAGUCCCGCUAGAAUACCUCGUCGAAAUGAUUCCAAAGAUCAAGGGAAGAUUAUUCAGUAUCGCCAGCGCCGCAGAUCAAUACUCUUCACCCCUCCCCUCCCUUCCAUCGGUUUCGGAAAAAAAACCAGAAGAAGAAAAAGGAGGAGAAAAGGAGAAAGUAUACCACCUCGACCUCCUAAUCGCAAUAGUAAAAUACCGCACCGUCAUAAAACGCAUCAGACGCGGAAUGUGUACCCGCUACAUCUCGUCCCUAACCCCCGGGUGCACUCUAAACGCCACAAUCACCAAAGGCGGUCUCGGUACCUCAUCUCAGAAAAAGAUACAACAUUCAACACCGGUAAUACUAAUAGGACCCGGUACGGGGGUUGCACCCAUGAGAGCGAUGGUAUGGGAAAGAAUGAUUGGUGUUGAAAAGCACUUAUCUGACGACAGUGAUAAUAAUGGCGGGUUAAGACCGGCGAAGACGUUAUUGUUUUUUGGGUGUAGAGGUAAAGAUCUGGAUAAUUACUUUGGAGACGAGUGGAGUGAGUUAAGUAAGAGAUUUGGGAACGAGGUAUUUGAAGUGAAAACAGCGUUUUCGAGGGACCAGGAUAGGAAGAGGUAUGUUCAACAUGUUAUUAAGGAUGAAAAACAAGAGGUUUGGAAGUUGGUCGGGGAGAUGGGUGGGUUUGUUUAUGAGUUCAGGAAGAAUGCCGCAAGCGGUGAGAGAGGCACUUAUUGA